UGCAAAAAAUGAGACAUUUUUUCAAUAUAUCGGUGUAUGUCCAGCAUAUGUAAACGGAAGACUGGAUUAUCUAUACUUUGGCUGAGCUGUCAAGGGAAGAUUUAUCUAUUACCAUUAAAGCCUUUGUCCCCCACCUUCAGGGAAGCGUAUGCUUUACCAACUGGUGUGGUUCAUUUGGUAGUACCCUGGGUGCAGGGAUAAAAGGCCAACUUUGGCUCAAAUCCCUGUUACUAUGAUGUGCCAUGCUGUAUGGCCUCACCUGCGUAAAAUAUUGUACAGUAGCACAAAAAUUCAAGGUUUAAUUUAUGUCUGUUUGUUUGAAAUCCAAUAAAUCUUUGACUUGUUUUUGUAUACCACAUGAAAAGCCUUAUGCAUAACAAGUGGUACACAUAGCUCAGUUCGGAAACUAUAUUAAACAGUUAUAUAAACUACAACAAAGAGUUAAGUGUAACAUGCAAGUUAAUACUAAUCAGCAUUUAUAGUUACUUCACUGUAAACUUUGCGGUAGUUUUGUUGGUAGAUCAUUUGUAAAUGCUAAUUUCUCUAAACAAAGUUUUAUUCCAAGUUUAACAGAAGUUGUUCUGUUGUUACAGAUUGUAGAUAUUCAUAAUUAGGUGUUAGAUUUAUCACUGAAAGUGUUAUAACCUGUAAAGAAAGUGCUCAAGCCCAUGUAUGUUAAGAUGGGGCAACCUGUAGACCCUCUUACCCUCCUCAAAGCCUUGUCUCCAAUGCUGGAUGUCACUGGUGCUGUUAUUGGUGGAGAGGAAAUGCAAAAUAUUGUCAAAUUAAUGAAAGAUGCAACAAAGCUGGUAAGCCGGUGUGUCUACCUGAACAUUCUACGCGUUACUGAAUCGACCGAGGUUCUUGAGCAAUUCCUUGCUUAUGGUGGUUGGUCUGUGAUGAAUGCGUGGCUGGCAGACGCUAAGUCAUCAGAGAAUAUGGCUCUUAUACUUGAAGUUAUGAAGUUGUUGCAAAGACUCCCUUUAAGAAUUGAUCAUUUAAAGCAAAACAACACGCCAAAGAUCGUGAAGUCACUUUCUAAAUCCGCUACCUGCACCAAAGUGAAAUCCACAGCUGCCAACCUGAUGUCAACGUGGUUGAAUAUCAUUCGAAACGCAUCAGCCAAUCCUUCAAACUCCAAACCUAAAAAAGAAACCAAAGUAAAACCAAAAUUGGAUAAAAUUCCAAAGAAAGAGAAAAAGGAAGACAAAAAAGUUCCCGUAGUUCGAGCUCCUUCAUUUGCAAAGAUAAGGAAAACUGGUCUUGAAGAACCUGAGAUGAAGAAAAGUCAACCAAAGAAAAUCAACAACAAGCGAUCAAGUAUCGAGAAUGAUGAUAACGUGCCGGAUAAAAAAUUUAAAACUGAUCCUAAGCAUCAAAAGAAAAUAACAAUAUCAGCUGGUUUUAUGGAUGCCUUGAACUCUGUACCCACUGUUGUUAAACGCCCAGUUAAAAGGAGGCCAACAAAGUCCCCGAAAACAAAUUCUUCAAAUGAUAAACACAGCCCUUCUCAUACAAUGUCGGUGUCAGGAGAAGCUGCUGACUUUGGUGAACCAAUGGACCACGACCGAACCCCAUCUCCCGUUCCCUCACCCACCCCCAGCAAGCCCCGUAUGAACAAGUGGGGCAAACCAAUGAAGAGUGUUCGAUGGAUGGAUGACUCGAGGUUGGAGACGAUCCGAUACUUCGAGUGCGAAGAAGGAGAGAGAGUGAAUGUGACGUCACAAAACUUCAAAGACGCGAUGCAACGGGACCGAAUGUCGGAGCGAGAGAAGUUGGGCGACUUCCACCAUAAAGGCGACAAUAGUUGGAAGAAACCACAACUUAUCGACUUGCCAGCAUCGCUGGUGGAACCUGGAAGUAACAGUAUUGAGAAAGACAUCCAGAAAGAACGAGAGAAAACUGUCCUCCAGGAAAUCUUUCUCUCUAUCGAGAUGGUGCCCGAUUCACCUGCCGAACCUGACCCUGAACCUUACGAGAUGGUUCCUCCUAAAGUUAUCCCUAUUGAUGAUCCGAACGACCCAGGUCCCACCCCCUCACGAUCACCGUCCCCAGUAACAGGAGAUAGUGUUGUAUUGAAGAAUAUGUUGAACAGUGUGAUGGGGAAUACUGAUACCAAUGCUCCAGAUAUUAAAGACAAACUUAGGGAAAUACUCCAAACUGCUACAGCAAACAAUGGUUCAAAUGGCAACACCGGUAAAGCACAAGACGACAACCAACAGAACACACAAUAUCCUCCUCCAAUAAACAAUGGUAUUGAACCCAACAUGAUGUAUCCUCCCCCUAACAUGAUAAAUGGGUUCUAUCCCAUGAUGCCCCCGCCUGGGAUGCCACCACCCAAUGUGCCCCCACCUAAUAUUAUGAACAAUAAUGAACAUUACUCAAUGGACUGGUCGGGUCCUCCGAGGCCAAUGGGUCCCAGGAUGGGUCCCGGAUCUAAUGGUCCCUUCCAAGGCCAGUUUGGUCCCAAUGAACAAUGGAGGCAUCGGCAACCUUGGAACAACGGACCCCCUCGUCGUGGCGAGUUCAGAGGUCGUUGGCAAGGCGACCGUGGUCGAUAUCGUCGGUGAUUGGUCCAUUGUUUUUGCUCUCUAUCGCUCUCAUGUGGAAGUUGUUCCAACCACAAGAUGUCAGCAAAGCGUCAAGUGCCUAAGUUGGUUUCGUUGCAAAUCAAGAUUCUCUUCGUUCAAUAUCGUUUCUUUUCUCACUGUGACGUCAUAUUAUCGCUUGUGUGUCAUAUGACGUAUUUAUUGUGCUGCUCACUGCCGAAGGUGAAGAAAUCAAAAUUUUAAAUUUAACACAAGUGUGUUUGGACGAGGGUUUAAAGGGGAAGUGGGCACGUAAGGAAGUUAAUGGUGAAUGUUAAUUAAUCGCCUGAAGAAGCAGUUUGAAAUUCGGUAUGUCGUCAAUAUGUAGUGGUAAUCGAUGGGGUAUUUACUGCUCGAUUACUUGACGACUGUGACGUAUACAGUCAUUCUUUGAAAUAAGUUUUGUGGGGAAACUUAUUACUAAUGAUCAAGAGGUGGUUUCAUAAUAUACAAACUACUACAGAAGCCUUUACGGUGAUUGGAGUGCCGAGUGUGGUCCUUGAUCCCAGUACCCUUUGUUUGCGGAAGACAUUUGUUGUUUAUAUUGUCAUUUAUUUCCUUUCAUCAAUUUGUUGCGAAUAAUUCUACAAUGUGAUGCAACUUUUGUGGAUAUGACGUCAUUAAGAAAAGAAAACUGUUAUGCUAAUGACGUCAUUGGAAAACUAAAAGCGAGUUUUGUUCUUGUAUUUUUCAUGUACCUGAAAUAAAAUUUUUCUUUUCAAGAUGGGA